GGGUGAGAGGUUCACCCUUGUGGGAGAUGGUCAACAACUUCAGAGGAGAGGGAUACGAAGAGGAGCUGAUGGUGCUGGAGAAGGCACCCGAGGAACCUGCUGGUGAACUCCCUUCAUUAGUUGUGAAGGUCGAGGAGACGAGUACUGGAAGAGAGAACAUUAAAGUUCAGGAGAAGAUCACCAGUUCUCCUUCCUCUCCGUUGUUGGUUCUUCUCCUGAGUUCUAUGCCUCGUGGGGGCUCGACCCUCCUAACGGAGAUGCUGUCGACGAAAGAGAGGUCUAUUACGUUUUUCGAGCCACUGUGGCCUUUACAGAAGAAAAAGUGUAUAGAGGACGAGCAGUGUGUGACACAGUACCUGGCUGACGUGUUUGCUUGCAACUACAAUCCAGAUUUCGAGAGGUGGUUGAAAACGAAGGAUUUGUUCCUCAGCUACUUCAGUAGCGAUGCUAAAGAAUGCACGCGUAUAACUGACCAAAAAGCUAAAGAGUUAUGUCUCAAGAAACUGAAUUUGCGCGAGAUGUGUUUAUUGUCACCCAUCAGGAUCAUCAAAGUCAUACGCGCGAGGAUGGCGUGGAUGAAAAACUUGUUAUCGAAUAAUUCGCUCGACCUCAAGAUCAUCCACCUUAUCAGGGACCCCCGCGGCUCGCUUUACUCCAUCAGCAAAUUCAAAGAUUGGAAUAAGGAUCCACACGAGAGAUGCUUAGGUCUACAAGAGGACUUGCAAUCGUUUGAUCAGCUUUCUCAAGAAUUUCCAACCAAAUUACUACAGGUUAAAUACGAGAACCUGAGCCUUCACCCUCACAACGUAUCUAAAGACAUUUUACAGUUCCUUUACGGCGAUGGGAAUCUGCCAGAAUAUCUAGUGACUUACAUUUCCACUCAUAUGACCAAUAAUUCGGAAAGUCAUUCUAUGAGUACAACGAAAGAAAGCAAAAAACAAUACGAAGCCUGGCGCUUCAAGAUGCCACAAAAAAUGCUGAAAGCUGUGCAGGAUGAACCCACUUGCCUGUACUCCAUAAAAUACAUGCAACACACACUAUUUAAAGAUCAGAAACAUGCCAGAAAUUCCAGUAUAUCCCUAUUUGUCUCCUGAGCCUGCCGGGGUAAUGUAACUUCUAAGAACUAAAAAAAAUGCCUUCUAUAAUAUAUAUAUAUAUAUAUAUAUAUAUAUAUAAAUAUAUAUAUAUAUAUAUAUAUAUAUAUAUAUAUAUAUAGCAUUUUUUUAAAUUCAGUUUAUUAAAAACUUCAACGAAAUAUUGAGUUUUUAUGUGAAUUUAGAUGUUUUUCCUGUUAUGUGUAUGUAUAGUCGAGCAGCUUCUGUUAAACGCGAUGUGCCUCAGCAGUGCUCAAGUGUUUCUCUGGGAAGUGCAGAGGUCACGCACAGGUCACACUUGUUAACAGUGACGGCCCCACAUGCCAGGGAAUUUUUCGUUGGCUAUCCCUAUUUCCUCUCUAGGCAUUGACCCUCAGUUCACCCACAGUGGUGUGACCCUUAGCCAGGCCACACCUGUCACCACCAGUGGUGUGGCCCUUAACCAAACCACACCUAUCACCACCAGUGAGAUGUUUCUGCGGCACUGUCUCAGUUUACCAAUUUAAACCCAUGAUCUCAUCCGCUAUGAAUCCGAGGAAAAGAUCGGAAGACACGAGAACGACAUUAAUAUCAGAAGUCUCGCAACAGAACAUUGCAACUCCCCUUAAUUAAAGCCAUUGCCCAUCUCGCUACUCAUAUUGCCCAACAGCCAUUUAAAUCCAACAACAGCUAAAUGGAGUCGCCACGUUACCUUGAGCAGAUACUACACUAAUGUGGGAAUAAACAUCUGCACUUACAGUGAUGCCAUCAGUUUCAAGGAAAACCCAGAAGGUCUUCAAAUACUAGCAUAAGAAAUGGCUAAAACAAAACUCAGAAUGUUUCAUUUUUCGUUAAUCGCAGCCAACUGUUUAUGUUAGAUAUUUAGGCUAAGACGCGUACAUUUAGAACUAACAGUUCGUUAUUUAUUGCUUCUUUGGGGCCUAGUUCCUAGGCCUUUUGUGUAUCCAUAUGCUCUCGCGCUACCGUCCACAGGAUGGAUAUGGGGUGCACAAUAAACUAGCCACUUCGGUGGCAAAAUCUAAA